AUGGCUGCAAUCCAUUUGUUAAACCCCAAAGCUGAAUUUGCCAGGGCCGCUCAGGCAUUAGCCGUAAAUAUAUCAGCUGCGAAAGGAAUUGAAGAUGUAAUGAAAACGAAUCUUGGACCGAAAGGCACCAUGAAGAUGUUGGUAUCUGGAGCAGGUGACAUAAAAAUUACAAAAGAUGGAAAUGUACUGUUACAUGAAAUGCAAAUUCAACAUCCAACAGCAUCUUUAAUUGCUAGAGCAUCCACUGCUCAGGAUGAUAUCACUGGAGAUGGCACUACCAGUACUGUAAUUGUCAUUGGAGAGCUUCUGAAACAGGCUGAUAUUUAUAUUUCUGAGGGUCUUCAUCCUAGAGUGCUCACAGAAGGUUUUGAACUGGCCAGAGUUAAAACUUUGGAAGUAUUAGAUUCCUUGAAGAUCUCAAUUGAACCCACAAAAGACAACUUAUUAAAUAUUGCUAGAACAUCACUUAGAACUAAAGUUCAUCCUUCUAUAGCUGACAAACUGGCUGAAAUCUGUGUGGAUGCAGUUUUAGCCAUCAGACAGAAGGAUCAGGACAUUGAUCUGCACAUGGUUGAAAUGAUGGAAAUGCAGCAUAGAACUGCGGCAGAUACCAAUUUAGUUCGUGGUAUUGUAACUGAUCAUGGAUCCAGACAUCCAGAUAUGCCCAAGAGAGUAGAGAAUGCUUACAUACUGACUUGCAAUGUCAGUUUGGAAUAUGAAAAGAGUGAGGUGAACAGUGGAUUCUUCUAUAAAACAGCGGUAGAACGUGAGAAGCUUGUAGCAGCAGAGCGCGAAUUCAUUGAUAAUCGCGUGAAGAAAAUAAUCGAACUGAAAAAGAAAUUAUGCGACGGAACGGAUAAAUCAUUUGUCAUCAUAAAUCAAAAGGGCAUUGAUCCGCCAUCCCUGGACAUGCUCGCCAAUGAAAACAUUUUGGCUUUGCGCAGAGCAAAACGUAGAAAUAUGGAGCGUUUAGCGCUGGCCUGUGGUGGAAUAGCCAUGAAUUCCUUUGAUGAUUUGAAAGAAGAACACUUAGGAUGGGCUGGACUCGUAUAUGAACACGUAUUGGGAGAGACAAAAUACACGUUCAUAGAAGAAUGCAAGAAACCAAAUUCCGUAACGAUUCUAUUGAAGGGGCCAAACAAAUACACUGUGGAACAAUUAAAAGAUGCUGUGAGAGAUGGCUUGAGAGCUAUCAAAAAUGCUAUCGAUGAUCAUGCUGUUAUUCCUGGCGCUGGUGCUUUCGAGGUAGCUGCUAGUAAACAGCUUCAACAGUAUAAGGAGAAAGUAAAAGGGAAACAACGUUUGGGUGUACAAGCUUACGCGGAAGCUUUACUCAUCGUUCCCAAAACUCUCGCUGUAAAUAGUGGAUUCGAUGCACAAGACACGAUCGUUAAGUUAUUAGAAGAAGGAUCUGCGUUAGAUGAAGCAGUAGGAUUAGAUAUUUCAACAGGUGAAGCGUUGAAACCCACGGAUGCUGGUAUUUUUGACAAUUACAAUGUAAAGAAACAAAUUAUUAAUUCGUGCACAAUCAUUGCUAGUAAUCUACUUUUGGUCGAUGAAAUCAUGAGAGCAGGAUUAUCGUCUUUGAAAGGUUAAACCGCGAUCGAGUGCUCCUUGGUUUUGAAGUUAUUUUAUCUAAUUUAAAUGUUACAUUUGCACGAUCUCUAUCGAACUUUCUGCAUAAUUCUUAAUGUUUUUAUAUGCUUUCAAGUAUAAAAAAAAUUG